AUGCGUAAUGGACUUUUGAACGGUAACUCUGGUAGAGGUAUGACAGGCUACCAAAGGGCCUUGGGCAUUUUGGGGCAAAGUCAAAAAGCAAUCACCAAUGUUGGGGAAGAAAUAUCUGUGCUGGCACUAAGAUCGACAGCCAGGUCAGAUACAACUCGUCAGCAGGGAUCAAGAACGGGUGCCAUGCAGGUGGCCCCCAGUAAGGAUAGCUCACUAACAAUAGCAACGACGACCGCUGACAUUGUCAGGGCCCACACUGCGCUCAGCAGUGUUCGAGAGGCAUUGCAGUCGUUUGAGACGUCCAUCUCCAUGCUUAAGCAAAGUCGCAACCAACAACUCCGAGCAAAGCGAGCAGGACCUAAGCUGUGUGCAGCUGAACGAGGGUACGUACAGGGACAUGAUCUCAAGGCUUGUCGGGCGCAGACGUCGGCAGGAUUGGGGUAUCUGCCAUCCGCAAGUACUGUACAAGCAGGUACAUCUGCGUCAUUCAGUGGUGCCUUGCCAGUGGCAGUCGUGACGAUUGCAGCACCCGUUGCACGGCCAGUGAUAUCGCCUGCCGAUGGCUGGUGUACUCGGUGCAAUCGCCAUCACAUUACGAACCUGAAGUACGAGAUUCAUACACGUGAGCUAGUGUCCAAAGUCUCGACCGAGAGUUCAGUCUGUGCUUCUGAUCGGGGAAGCCGAUACAAGUGUCGGGAAUCGUAUGCUGUUGAGUCUCGAGAAACUCAUGCGGGUGCUGCGAUAGCAAUAGCAGGUGCAUCGGUAUUGCUCAGCAACGAAAGACAGACGCCACCUUUCUUCUCUCGUCAAGUGAAUCCAUCCCAGAUCAAUACCACGGCAGCGACGACAGCAACCAUCACUACUACAUACACCAAUAAAUAA